AUAAGGGUCCCUUGGUCAUCUUCAAUCGUCACUGUCAAAUAUCUCCUCCUCCAGUUGGAAGAGCACUAGCUGAGGCACCCCCGCGCAACCGCUUCGUGAUGUUUCGCGCGUAUACGUCGAAGUCUUUGGUGAGAGGCUUUGCCUCGCCCAGGAGUGCCACGGCCAGGGCUGCGCGUCUCUCAUUAAACCGCAGCCUUGCCACCGUCAAAGUUCGAGAUGCUAAGGAACCUACUGAACUAGAUCACAUAACAACGCUUCCAAAUGGUGUUCGCGUGGCAUCUGAAGCGCUUCCCGGGUCUUUCUCUGGUGUCGGUGUUUAUGUCGAGGCAGGAUCGCGAUUCGAAACUCCCCAGCUCAGCGGCCUGAGCCACCUUGUCGAUCGUCUAGCCUUCAAAUCCACAACUAGUAAAUCCAGUGAGGAAAUUCAAGAGAUUGUUGAAUCGCUUGGCGGGAACAUACAAAGUGUUUCUUCCAGAGAAUCCAUCAUGUACCAAGCUGCCACUUUCAACUCUACAGUUCGUGCCGCAACCGAGUUACUCGCCGACACGAUCCGAAAUCCCCGCAUAACGGAAACCGAAGUUUCUGACGAGCUUGAGACUGUCCAAUAUGAAAUCACUGAGAUAUGGAAGAAACCAGAGCUCAUUAUACCCGAAUUGGUACACAUGGCAGCUUUUAAAUCUAAUACCCUUGGGAACCCCCUCCUAUGUCCCAUGGAACGCAUACCCCACAUCAACAAGUCAGCCAUUGAGGCCUAUCGGGAUACAUUCUAUCGCCCAGAAAGAACAGUGGUGGCCUUCGCUGGCGUGCCUCACAUGGAGGCCGUGCAAUUAGCCACGGAGUUCUUUGGCGACAUGAAGUCCACAGGACCACCACUGCUAUCGAGAUCUGGCUCGGAAACAUCAGUUGAAACCGAGGCUUCUACUUCAUCUUCAUCAUCGGCCAGCUCCACUCAACAAUCUUCCAGUAUCUUCUCUAAGUUACCUCUUUUCAAGAAAAGUCUCUCCACCUCCGCAAGCGCGAAAGCUGCUGUCAUGAAUUCUACGCCUCUCGUUCCGACACUGGAGGACAUUUCUGCUCCCGCUCGGUACACAGGAGGCUUCAUUUCGCUCCCUACUCAACCACCUUGCCCAAAUCCUAUGCAUCCCAGCUUCAGCCACAUCCACAUAGCAUUUGAGGGACUGCCCAUAGCCUCUAAAGACAUAUAUGCACUAGCAACAUUAAACACGCUGCUGGGCGGUGGUGGCUCGUUCUCUGCUGGUGGUCCCGGGAAGGGCAUGUUCUCUCGAUUGUACACCAACGUUCUCAACCAACACGCUUGGGUGGAGAAUUGUAUGUCUUUCAAUCAGUCAUACACGGAUUCUGGUCUAUUUGGCAUCUCUGCAUUAUGCACUCCUGGCAACACUCAGCGUAUGCUAGAUACCAUGUGCCAGGAACUUAGGGCUCUUACCUUGGAUACGGGCUUCUCAGCUCUAGGUGAACUCGAGGUACAACGUGCCAAGAACCAACUUCGAUCGAGUCUAUUGAUGAACCUCGAAAGUCGCAUGGUCGAGUUAGAAGAUCUCGGUAGACAAGUUCAAGUCUAUGGUCGGAAAGUACCAGUGCAGGAAAUGUGCCGCAGUAUCGAGAAACUGACCAUACAAGAUCUUCGACGCGUCGCCAAGAUGGUCAUAGGGGGUCUCGUUCAGAAUGAGGGGAAGGGUAGUGGCGCUCCCACGGUCGUGAUACAAGAAGCAGAUGCACCGCACUUUACAGCGAAGCCAAUGACCUGGGAAGAAAUUCAAGAUAGAAUCUUCCGGUGGGGUCUCGGCAGACGGUGAAACUAGGUUCGUGAGUGAAAACAAUAAUGGUGGAUGGGGUCUGCCGUUUUAUAAAUUCCCGGGGUACACACCAAUCUCGAACGGUGGCGCGGUGUACGAAUUAGGCUGCGGGAAGAAUUUUGGAAGCAUUAUAAAGGCCGAGUCCUAGCAUAGAUAAGACACCGUCACUUGUAUAUAAAUAUGUAAUAACAGCAUUAACGAAGAAAUGGCACAUUGUUAUGACUAUUA